AUGGCUUUGAACAUUGGCCAGGCUGUGUCGAUGCGGCUCCACGAGUUGGCGCGGUUGAUGGUGCUGCCCGCCCAAAAGAACCAACUACACUUGCAUGGUCCUCGCAGGAGGGUGUGUGGUGGGCUCAACCUACUCCAGAUUCCCACGGGGCAUUACUUGGAGGACUGGGAGAAGCAGAAGCCCAGAUAUGCUAGUCAGCACUUCCGCGGAUGCCUUGGCAAGAGGGGGAUUUUGAACCUGGUAUGGUUGUUUGUGAGUCGCUGCAGGCUGCUGCUUCAAGGUUGCUACUCGGACCACCUCCACAUCGCAUUUGUCGCCGGUCCCGAGGAAUAUUCGGCUAGCGUCCCCGCCCAAGCUGUCCAGACCUGGAUGGCCAUUGUUCCCUUUCGUGCUGGCGUCAAGCUGGAUGCUGGCAGGUGGAUACAUGAUGCGCUCGCAGGAGAGAUCCUCUCUGACAAGGCACUCAGUGAGGCAUACAGCAGCAACACAGAGGACGACAAGGCUGGGUCCAAAAUGGAAUAUACUGUCAUUGCUCGCUAUGUGGACACAACCAAGCUCGAGGAGCUGCUCAAGGACUUGUUUCCUGGAGUUGAGUGCAGAAUCAAUGUUGGUGGUUUGAUUUUUGCCGCUUUUUUAUUCUGA